AUGUCUCGUACUCAACAAAAACUGCAAGCGAUGUCAGCGCAAGAAUUACUGAUUCAAGAAAAAAAACGUAUCAUAGAAGAAAAAUUACGUUUAGAUAAUGCGAAGAAAACUAAUCCUAAUGAUUCUGUUCCACAAAAUACUAUCAACAAUACUGUCGAACAUCAAACAAUGGGAAAUAAUGCUUUUAGAAACGAUGGGUCAUUUCUUGAACAAUUCCGAAAAACUCAAGGACAACCUUCAACAUUGAUUCCUUCAGAUGUAAAAUAUCUGAAUAACAAUACGCAACAAUCAUUGUCUCGUGGAUCAAAAUAUCUAGCUACCAAUGGUUAUUCACAGUGCGGACCAUCAUGGUUUCCUUCUAGUUCGCAACCUCCAUCUAUGUUUGAUCAACGCAGUGGGUCGCCAUCGUUUCCUGUACCUCCAUUAUCAUUCAACCCAUCUGCAUUACCACCACCACCGCUUCCUCCUUCAUUUAAUGUACCAUCAAUUUUCCCCCCAUCUUCAUUACCUACCACAAGUAACCCGUCAAACUAUGCUCCUCCUACAACAUCGUUUGCCUUACCAUCACCUGAACUUCUUUCAAAAAUGCUUCAAACACCACCUCCACCACUACCAGUUCCUGCUCCAAUAAAUAACCCAUCAACAACGACAACAGCAAAUAUUAAUAUCAAUAAUGCUGAUCUCUACGAUCCAUUAAAAGCUGAAGACGAAGAUGAAGAAGAUAACGAACAAAAAAAGACGCCAACUCAAAAACCAGCAAGUCGAACAUUCAACAUAAAAAAAGAAUAUACAAUUAAAAUAGAGCCAAAUUCAUCAACGAAUGCGAAUAAUAACCUUUCUUCCAUAGAGCAUGAACAACAGAAACAUGAUAAUGGUGGAAAUCGUCGACGGCAAGUCGCCACCACAUCGACCGAGCUUUCUUCUUCGUCGGCGUUGUGGUGGGAUGACAAUGAAGAUUCCGAUGAAGGAAAGACAAAUUCAGUGAAUAAAUCAAUGACUGAUACUCAGAAAGCAGAAGAAAAUAAUCGUAAACGUAAAUCACGUUGGGGUAAUCAUAGCGUUAAACAAGAACCCAGUGAAUAUAAAUUUGUUGAACAAAUUCAUGAAGCCACGGAAAAAGCAAAAAGGUUUGUUACACAACUUAAUGAACAAAUGAAAUUAUAUCCUGAAGGAUAUGAUGGAACAAAAAUGAGCGUUGAACAACGCGGACAAUAUGUUGAACAGAAAGAACUUCAAUCAAUCUAUCAGACAAUGAUGGUUAAAAGACGCGAAUUAGAAAAUUUAGCUAGACAGCAACAACAUAAACGUGAAUAUGAUUCAGAUGAAGAAACUGAUAGUAAAGCAGGAACAUGGGAACACCGAUUACGUGCAACCGAAAUGGAUAUAACAAGAGAAUGGGCAGUUAAAUUAACGGAUAUGGCAUAUGGAAAACAUCACAUUGGUGAUUUUAUUCCAGCACAUGAAUUAGAAAAAUUCAUGAAAACUUAUUCAGCACUAAAAGACGGUGAAACACCUGAUGUUUCUGAUUAUCGAGAUUUUAAAAUUCAAGCUGAAAAUAUUGGUUAUCGUCUUUUGGAAAAAUUUGGAUGGAAAGAAGGGCAAGGUCUAGGUAAAAAUUCACAAGGAAUAGUCACCCCUGUUAAUAAAGGAACAACACCAGUACAUCAUGCAGGUCUUGGGCAAGAUCGUCCAUCAGAAUUAGAUCGUAAUGAUGAUGAAUUCCAAAUGUAUCGUAAACGUAUGAUGCUUGCCUAUAGAUUUCGACCGAAUCCAUUAAACAAUCCACGUCGAGAUUAUUAUUGA